AUGGCUGCCGGACUGCGGCGUCCGUGAGGGGAGCGGCGGCGGAGCGGGGGCCGGUGGGGCAGCGGGGCCGGCGGCCCCGGGCCGUGGCGGAGCAGUGAGGCGGUGGCGGCGGGAGAAGGGGCCGCGGCGGGGGCCGGAGCUGUGGCGGGGCCUCCCGCAACGCCCGGCGGCGGUGAAAGCGGGGGGGGACCGGGAGGGGCCUCGGUGCUCCAUGUCGGUCCCCUCCUGCGGGAAAUAUGAUCAGCGCCCCUGACGUGGUGGCCUUCACCCGAGACGAGGAGCUGGAGGAUGAGCUGUACAGCGAGCCGCCCCUGCCCGAGGAGUACUCGGUGCCGCUCUUCCCCUUCGCCAGCCACGGCGCCAACCCCUGGGCCAAGGUCGCCAACUCCAAGUUCACCCGGGACUUCAUCCUCAUCUCCGAGUUCUCGGAGCAAGUAGGGCCUCAGCCCCUCCUGACCAUCCCCGAUGACGCCAAGGUGUCAGGCACGUUCGAUCUCAAUUAUUUUUCCCUUCGGAUCAUGUCUGUGGAUUACCAGGCUUCCUUCGUGGGGCACCCUCCUGGCUCUGCCUACCCGAAGCUGAACUUUGUGGAGGAUUCCAAAGUGGUGCUGGGGGAUUCAAAGGAAGGGGCCUUCGCCUAUGUCCACCACUUGACUCUCUACGACCUUGAAGCCAGGGGUUUUGUGAGGCCCUUCUGCAUGGCCUACAUUUCUGCUGAUGAGCACAAAAUCAUGCAGCAGUUCCAAGAACUCUCCACAGAGUUCUCCAAAGCCUCUGAAUGCCUAAAGACAGGGAACCGGAAAGCUUUUGCUAGUGAACUGGAAAAGAAAUUGAAAGAUCUUGACUACACCAGGACUGUCCUGCACAAUGAGACUGAGAUACAGAAGAAAUCCAAUGACAAAGGCUAUUACACCACCCAGGCCAUCGAGAAGGCCAACGAGCUGGCCAGCGUGGAAAAAUCCAUCAUUGAGCACCAAGAUCUGCUGAAACAGAUCAGGUCCUAUCCUUACAGGAAGCUGAAGGAGUCCAACUUCCAGCCCUACGAGCCAGAGUGCGCCCUGGAUCAGGCUGAUGCGGGCUGCGAUCCGGACCUGACUACCUUUGACCUCUCUGAGCCUGCUGAGACGCAGCUUUACAGCCACGUGCCAUCCUACACUCCCAAGCUCAUCAAAGCCAAGUCUGCCAAAUGCUUUGACAAGAAGCUGAAGACGCUAGAGGAACUCUGUGAUAUUUAUUUCUUCACCCAAACCCUUGACCAGUUGCACCAGAUUGAGAGGACUUUCAGAGGUGAUGUGUGCUACCUCCUGACAGAGCAGAUCAGCAGGGCCCUCUUAAAGCAGCAAAGUGUAACUAACUUCCUCUUUGAGGAUGUAUCUUUUCUGGAUGAAAAACCACCUGAGAAACAGCACAGAGGCUGCCAGGGGCUCAGCCAAGAUGCCGUCGAUGGAAAGUGCUCAGAGGAGCCCUCCGCUCCCAAGGUGGUCAUCAACCUGGGGUCCUACAAAUCCAGCGUGGAGAGUGUGCCCAUCAAGAUGGAGCAGGAAAUCGAGGACUCCCAGGAGCCCCAGCUGGCCGACUCCCUCACGCUGGAACACCAGGAGAACCUGGACUAUCUCGACGCCGACCUUAAAGGCAGCAUCAGCAGCGGUGAGAGCAUUGAGGUUCUCGGAACGGAGAAGUCCGCGUCUGGCCUGACCAAAUCGGAGAGCCAGGCCAGCCUGCCCGUCAGCUCCAGCCCCCAGGCGGGCAGGAGCAAGGUGGGCAGCCGCAGGACCGUCAGCGAGGACAGUAUCGAGGUGCUCAGCACCUGUCCCUCCGAGUCGCUCAUCCCGGAAGACCUCAAAGCGAGCUACCCAAGUGCCAUUAAUGAGGAGCCUUACGUGGAUGACGAAGAGGGAGGCCUUCGAUUCACCCCCAAACUAAACCCGGACGAGCAGGAUGACAUUUCGAACCAGGAGAACUUGGUGCAGGUGGAUUCUGCCUGUUGUAUUGGGAAGGAGAGUCCCAGCUUCCUGGAGCCUCUGCCUGAGCUGGGACAGAAAGCCUGCGAUGAGGAUGGGGUGGUCAGGAUCCCCCCCCAGCCCUACCGGCAGGUUGAGCAGGGGCUGCAUGGGAGCUUUGGGGGCUUCCCCUCCCACGAGGGCAUCUCGGGGGGGCUCCUGCCCUGCGAGCUUGACUCGCGCUACCUGACGGGCAGCAGGGAGCUCAGCAAGAGCAGCCUGGAUGAGUGCUCAGACUCCACAAGCUACAUCAGCAGCGCGGCCUCCACGUGCUCCGACAGGACCCCGUCCCCUGCCCACCACUGCCAGGCCAGCGAGAGGCACAGGAAGAAGGCCGGGCAGAACGCGCUGCGCUUCAUCCGGCAGUACCCCUUCGCCCACCCUGCCAUCUACUCCCUGCUCAGCGGCAGGACCCUGAUCGUGCUGGGGGAAGAGGAAGCUAUGGUCAAGAGGCUCGUGACCGCACUCUCCAUCUUUGUGCCCAACUGCAGCCUCUAUGCCAAGCCUGUCAAGCACUGGGUCACCUCCCCCCUCCACGUGGUGGAUUUCCAGAAGUGGAAGCUGAUUGGGCUCCAGAGGACGGUGUCUCCGGGGGGGGUGAACGUGCUGCACGCCCUGAGCCGCUACAGUCGCUACGUCAGCAUCCUGGACGCCGACAGCAAGACUCUGCGCUGCCCUCUCUACAAGGGCUCCGUGGUGCCCCGGCUGGCAGACCACCGCACCCAGAUCAAGCGCGGCAGCACCUACUACAUGCACGUCCAGAGCAUCCUCACCCAGCUGUGCUCAAAAGCCUUCCUCUUCACCUUCUGCCACCAUUUGCACCUUCCCAUCAGCGAAAGGGAGGCGGAGGACUCCGUGGCCAGCCGCAGGAUGAACUUCCUGAAGCUUCAGCUGGGCCUCGCCAACGAAGACGUCAAAAUCGUGCAGUAUCUGGCGGAGCUGCUGAAGCUGCAGUACAUUCAGGAACCCGGCCAGGGGGUGAGCCCCCUGCUCAGAUUUGACUAUGUCCCCAGCUUUUUGUACAAAAUCUAGCCUGGGGUGGGCUGGCUGCCGCCCGCUCGGGGCCCGGCAGAGCUCAUCCGUGCUUGACAUUGGCGCCGCCCGCAGAAGGCCGUCGGGGAAGGGGCGAAGAAGCCGACGUGUUUGGAUCCCUGCUCUGCGGAAAUCCAGCUCUGGGGGACCGGAUUUCUGCUGCCUGCAGCUGAGAACAUCGAUGUUCCAUCACACAAACCACCAGGCACUCUGGUUUUAAAUAGUAGAAGGAGCACUGCAGACUUGGAAAGCUUUCUGUUGGCAGCGUCCCAGGGGGAUUGUGGUGUGGAGAGAGAAGAGGGCUGUCUUGGGGAUCAAUACUUAACUAGUGUACAGCCCCUAAAAUACAACACAGUGCUCCAUGUGCUUCUGCCAGAGCUCUAAAUGCUGUUGGUCCCUUCUGUGGAACCAAGGUGAAGAGCAGAGGUGAGACAUAAAGGCCACAUGAAGUUUAACCCACCAGUGUCUCAUGUGAGUGUAGCUCAGAAGCUCGCUGGCAGGUUGUGGAUGCUCGUCUGUGCACAGCGGAGGUGGGUGGUGUGUCCCUUCCUGUGUCCUUCCAAGCUUCCUGGUGCUUCCCAGGAGAGGUGGGAGCACAGUGGAGGCACACAUGCUUCUCUCCAGAAAGUGUUUGGCAGCUUCUCUCAGCUUUGUUAAGAUCUGGAACGUUGGAAGGACUCCUCAAUGCCGGCGAGCACCGUGGUGCCCGCUGCUGUGAAUGUAGAGCACUGUGCCUUGUGAAUUUG